GGCUAGAGACUUAAAUCCUGACACAAUGAGCUACUAUGGCAACUACUACGGAGGACUGGGCUAUGGCUAUGACUGUAAAUAUAGUUAUACCUCUGGCUUUGGUGCCUUUAGAAUCCUGGACUGUGGCUACAGAUGUGGCUGUGGUGGGGUAUGGAUUUGACUGCUGCCACCAAUAUGAUUAUGCUACAUGCUUAUUAUCAGGCACUGACUGAAUAAUAUCUACAAUUGGGUCCAUUUUCUUAUGAGACAGGGGUGCUGUUCUACUACACUUUU